UUUCGGCCUUUUUAUAGUCCCUCGGUUCUUCCUUUCCGCCAAUAAACACUUAAAAAACUAAAAACUUACAUUGGGAAGCAAAAAGAGAGAGAGAGAGAGAGAGAGAGAGAGAGAGAGGAACAGUGCUGUUGCGUGUUGACUUGUUGAGGUGGGUGAGUGUUGGAAACUGGUUUUGGAAAUGGCAGCUGAGAAUGAGAAGGGAAGAGUUUGUGUAACAGGAGGAGGAGGGUUCGUUGCUUCAUGGGUCAUUAAGCUACUUCUCUCCAAGAACUAUUUUGUCCACACAACUGUUAGACAACCCGGCGAUGUGAAGUAUGCUCACUUGAGUGAAUUUGAGAACGCAUCCACAAACUUGAAACUAUUCAAGGCAGACCUACUGGAUUACAACUCCAUAUGUUCUGCAGUUGAAGGGUGCAUUGGAGUAUUCCAUGUUGCUAGUCCAGUCCCUUCUACCGCAGUCCCAAACCCUGAGGUAGAAGUGAUUGAGCCUGCUGUAAAGGGCACACUUAAUGUACUGAAAGCAUGUGUUGAAGCAAAAGUUAAACGGGUUGUUGUUGUGUCCGCUCUUGCUGCUCUGAUGAUGAAUCCAAGCUGGCCCAAGGAUCAAGUGAUUGAUGAAACUUGUUGGUCUGACAAGGAAUAUUGUAGAACUACAAAGAACUGGUAUUUUCUUUCUAAAACGGAGGCAGAAAGUGAGGCCUUUGAAUUUGCAAAAGGAAGUGGGCUUGAUGUUGUAACUGUAUGUCCCUCCCUUAUUUUAGGGCCGAUUCUGCAGCCUACAGUGAAUACAAGUAGCUUGGUUAUCUUUCAACUUCUGAAAGAUGGGUGUGAGUCACUGGAAAACAAGCUUCGAUAUAUUGUAGACGUACGUGAUGUAGCUGAGGCACUACUCCUGGCCUAUGAGAAUCCUGAGGCUGAAGGAAGAUACAUAUGCAUGGCAUACACAAUCAAGGCAAAGGAUGUGGUUGACUUGCUAAAGAGUAUAUACCCCAACUAUAACUAUCCAAAGAACUAUACCGAAGUGCCAGAAGAACUAAGGUUCAGUUCUGAGAAAUUGCAAAAAUUGGGUUGGAGUUUCCGGCCAUUGAAGGAAACUCUAACUGAUUCCGUUGAAAGCUUUCGCAAAGCUGGACACGUUGAUUGAAAAGCAAACGACAGUUUGGCUUAAUGCAAUGAUUGCAGAUUGACCCCGAGUUUGGAUAAUAAGUGAUUAUCAGAAUUAAUUAUGUUAUAUCAAGUUUUAUUCUUAAUGUUAUUAUGCUCUCCUUUGUGGCAACCUUUUGGGAUAAUAAGUGAUUAUCAGUUUGAAUCCUAUUUUCAUUCUACCUCUUAUUUAGAGUAAAAAGGAA